UGAAGUGCGUGCAGAGCUAAAAAUAAUCAACCCAAACCCGUCGACCAGAUCUCAUGUCUUGUUAUUUUACAUAAAUAUUUUGCCGUCUUUUAAUUUUUUAUUUAUUUUUUAAAUAUUCCAGACCUUUGGAAUGUACAGUUACGCGUGAAAACAACUUAACAUUGUUGGAGUAGUGUGAGGCAAGAUGUCCAAUGGAACGCCCCCCCUAGCAUUCUGUGGCAACGAUAACAUAACUGCCUAUAAUGUGAAUGAUGGUGUGCUGAACAAUGGCUGCUUUGUAGAUGCUCUCAACCUGGUUCCUCAUGUCUUCCUGCUCUUCAUCACCUUCCCUAUCCUCUUUAUUGGCUGGGGCAGUCAGAGCUCUAAGGUCCAGAUCCAUCAUAACACAUGGCUUCAUUUUCCUGGACACAACAUGAGGUGGAUUCUCACCUUCUCUCUGCUUCUUGUCCAUGUCUGUGAGUUUGCAGAGGGAAUAGUCUCCAACAAGAUGAUGGUGACCGACCACCUCCAUCUCUUUAUGCCAGCUUUUAUGGGAUUUAUUGCUGCCACUACGUCAGUGGUUUAUUACCAUAACAUAGAGACUUCUAACUUCCCAAAGCUCCUCCUUGUAUUAUUCAUCUAUUGGGUUUUGGCCUUCAUCACUAAGACCAUCAAGUUAUGGAAGUUUGCAGCAUUUGAUGUUGGACCCGAAUAUCUGAGGUUCUGUAUUACAGCCCUGCUAGUGGUCUUGUAUGGGCUCUUGAUGGCAGUGGAGGUCAAUGUCAUAAGAGUUAGGAAAUAUGUUUUCUUUGCCAAUCCCCAGAAGGUGAAACCACCUGAAGAUUUACAAGAUUUGGGUGUUCGCUUCCUGCAGCCUUUUGUCAAUUUGCUUUCAAAGGCAACAUAUUGGUGGAUGAAUCCUCUCAUCAUGGGGGCACAUAAAAGACCAAUAGAGCUUAAGAAGAUUGGCAAGCUGCCUAUUGCCAUGAGAGCACUCACCAACUACCUACGCCUGAAGGAUGCAUAUGAGGACCAAAGGACUGCUGAAGAUCCAGAUCGUGCCCCGUCCAUUUGGCGCUCCAUGUACCGAGCGUUUGGCCGGCCCAUCCUCCUCAGCAGCACCUUCCGCUAUCUCGCAGACCUGCUGGGCUUUGCUGGGCCGCUCUGCAUCUCUGGCAUUGUAAAAUAUUUGGAGAGUGAAAACAAAACAGAAGUCUCCAAAGAUAUUCAUUUUGGUGUGCAUUUCAUGUCCUCCACUGAGCUGCUGCAGAAUCCCUCAGUCCUGGCGGUUCUUCUGUUUCUGGCUUUAAUAUUACAAAGGACUUUUCUUCAGGCAUCUUACUAUGUCACUAUAGAAACUGGUAUCAACCUGCGAGGAGCUCUUUUGGCAAUGAUUUACAACAAAAUCCUGCGUUUGUCAACCUCCAACAUGUCAAUGGGUGAGAUGACCUUGGGACAAAUCAACAACUUGGUUGCUAUAGAAACCAACCAGCUUAUGUGGUUCCUAUUCCUCUGUCCGAACCUGUGGGCGAUGCCUGUGCAGAUAGUGAUGGGUGUGAUCCUCCUUUACUAUUUUUUACGCUCCAGUGCAUUAGUUGGUGCAUCAGUCAUUGUUCUUUUGGCUCCAGUGCAGUACCUUAUAGCAACUAAACUGGCAGAAACACAGAAAAGCACACUAGAAUACUCUACUGACCGUUUGAAACAGACCUCUGAGAUCUUAAAAGGAAUAAAACUUCUUAAGCUUUAUGCCUGGGAGAAUAUCUUCUGUGACAGUGUGGAGGGCACUAGAGGCAAAGAACUCACCAGCCUGAAGACCUUUGCUUUCUACACAUCUUUGUCCAUUUUUAUGAAUGCUGCAAUUCCCAUUGCUGCUGUACUUGUGACAUUUGUGAUGCAUCAUUUUAUUAAUACAACUGGACCAAGCCCCUCUGAUGCCUUUGCAGCUCUGGCAUUGUUUCACAUCCUUGUAACACCUUUGUUCCUGCUUUCCACCGUGGUCAGAUUUGCGGUGAAGGCUUUGAUCAGUGUGCAGAAACUUGGAGAGUUCCUUCAGAGUGAUGAAAUUGGAGAUGAUAGCUGGAGAAAUGGAGACAUGCCUGUUCCAUUUGAGACUGGCAAAAAACAUAUGGGGACAACCAAGGCCAUUAACAGGAAGCAGCCAAUACGUUAUCAAAUGGACAACUAUGAGCAGCCCACCCGGCGACAGAUGAGACCCACAGAGACCGAGGAUGUGGCCGUGAAGGUGAUCAAUGGAUGCUUUACCUGGGGAAGCAACCUGUCCACUCUGUCAGACAUUAACAUCAGUAUUCCCACAGGUCAGCUGACGAUGAUUGUAGGCCAGGUGGGUUGUGGGAAAUCUUCUCUGCUGUUGGCGAUGUUAGGAGAAAUGCAAUCCAUGGAUGGGAAAGUUUACUGGAGCAACAAAAACAGGUACUCUGUGGCCUAUGCUGCUCAGAAGUCCUGGCUACUCAACGCAACAGUGGAAGAAAACAUUACAUUUGGAAGUCCCUUUAACAAACAGAGAUAUAAAGCAGUCAUAGAUGCUUGUUCCCUUCAGCCAGAUAUUGACCUGUUACCAUUUGGAGAUCAAACUGAAAUUGGAGAGAGGGGAAUCAAUUUGAGCGGAGGGCAGAGGCAGAGAAUUUGUGUAGCAAGGGCACUGUACCAGAACACCAACAUUGUCUUCUUGGAUGACCCAUUCUCUGCCCUUGACAUCCACCUCAGUGAUCACCUGAUGCAAGAAGGCAUCCUCAAGUUCCUCCAGGAUGACAAGCGAACUGUGGUGCUGGUUACUCACAAGCUGCAGUAUCUUAUACACGCAGACUGGAUUAUUGCUAUGAAGGAUGGUUCUGUUUUGAGAGAGGGAACUCUAAAAGACAUUCAGACACAUGACAUUGAGCUUUACGAUCACUGGAAGACAUUAAUGAAUAGACAGGACCAUGGGCUGGAAAAGGAUAUUCAGCAGGACAGUCAAACAACUCUCGAGAGGAAGACACUAAGAAGAGCAUUUUACUCCAGGGAGGCCAAGCUUGAUGAUGAAGAAGAAGAGGAAGAGGAAGAGGAAGAAGAAGAUGAUAACAUGUCCACAGGCACAACCAGAAGAUCAAAAAUCCCUUGGAAGGUGUGCUGGUGUUACCUCUCCUCUGGUGGUUUUUUCAUGGUUUUCCUCAUGGUGUCCUCUAAACUACUCAAACACUCUGUCAUUGUUGCCAUUGACUACUGGUUAGCUUUCUGGACCUCCUCCAAAACCAAUCAGAGCAGGCCAAAUGGGACUACUAUCACUCCUAUGCUGUUAGAUGAAGAUAAUGGUUCUUAUUACCUGCCAGUCUUCAUCAUUUUGUGUGUUGCUGGACUAACUCUCUGCCUCAUUACGUCUCUCACUGUGGAGUUCUUGGGUCUUUCUGCAGCCACCAACCUCCAUCACAACCUGCUCAACAAGAUCAUCCAUGCCCCAAUAAGAUUUUUUGAUGUAACUCCACUGGGGCAGAUUCUAAACAGAUUUUCAGCAGAUACUAAUAUUAUUGAUCAGCAUAUUCCUCCAACACUGGAGUCUUUGACUAGAUCCACAUUGCUAUGCUUAUCUGCCAUCUGGGUCAUAUCCUCUAUCACUCCCAUAUUUCUGAUCGCCUUGGUUCCCCUGGGAGUAGCUUUUUACUUCAUCCAGAAGUAUUUCCGAGUUGCCUCAAAGGAUCUUCAGGAUCUAGACGACGCCACGCAGCUGCCUCUGCUCUGUCACUUUUCUGAAACAGCAGAAGGCCUGACCACUAUUAGAGCUUUCAGACAUGAAGCACGAUUUAAACAGCGAAUGCUAGAGCUUACAGAUACCAACAACACAGCUUACCUGUUCCUGUCUGCUGCUAAUCGCUGGCUGGAAGUUCGCACAGAUUAUCUUGGGGCUGUAAUUGUCCUGACAGCAGCUGGAGCUUCUAUUUGGAGUUCACUGUAUGGUCUGCCAUCUUCUGGGGGUUUGGUUGGCCUUGGACUCACCUAUGCUUUAACUGUGACCAACUACUUGAAUUGGGUUGUGAGAAAUCUGGCUGACUUGGAGGUCCAAAUGUCAGCUGUGGAAAAGGUGAACAGCUUCCUUGGCACAGAAUCAGAGAAUUAUGAAGGGUCUAUAGACACCUCUCAGGUUCCCGAGAACUGGCCUCAGAAUGGAGAAAUUAAAAUCCAGGAUCUGUGUGUGCGCUAUGACCCCAUGCUUAAACCAGUGCUUAAACAUGUAAAUGCGUUUAUUCAGCCUGGACAGAAGGUGGGAAUCUGUGGUCGCACGGGCAGUGGCAAAUCUUCACUUUCGCUGGCUUUUUUCAACAUGGUGGAUAUUUUUGAAGGAAAAAUUGUCAUUGAUGGGAUUGAUAUUUGCAAGUUGCCCCUGCACACUCUCAGGUCACGGCUCUCCAUCAUUCUCCAAGAUCCAAUCUUAUUCAGUGGCUCUAUCAGGUUUAAUCUGGAUCCAGAGAAGAGCUGUACUGAUGAUCGACUCUGGGAGGCUUUAGAAAUUGCUCAGCUCAAAAAUAUGGUGAAAGCACUUCCCGGAGGACUAGAUGCUGUUGUCACUGAAGGUGGAGAGAACUUCAGCGUUGGCCAGAGACAGCUCUUCUGUCUGGCUCGAGCUUUUGUGAGAAAAAGCAGCGUCCUCAUCAUGGAUGAAGCCACUGCCUCGAUAGACAUGGCCACGGAGAAUAUACUUCAGAAAGUUGUUAUGACUGCAUUCGCCGACAGGACUGUUGUCACAAUAGCUCACCGAGUGUCGUCCAUCCUGGACGCGGAGCAGGUGUUGGUAUUUUCCUCAGGAAUUUUGGUGGAGUCUGACUCUGCUCCAAACCUAUUGGCACAGGAGGAGAGCCUCUUCAGUGUGCUAGUGAGGACUCACAAGUAG